UUCCCAAUCUUUAUAAUUUACCCCUCAGACCCUUAUUAUCUUUCCCUUUUUUCGCCUCUCUUCAUCAAUCAGAGAGCACCGGUGAAAUAAAAAUCCAACCUUUUCUGUCAUCCAUCUCUCUCCGUCGCUUCUUCCUAUCGAAUCAGGUUAGGUUUUUGUGAAGUUUUUUGUUAUCUAGGGAUUCGAAAAGAUGCCGGCGACAGCAGGAAGAGUGCGUAUGCCCGCAAACAACAGGGUGCAUAGUAGUGCAGCGCUUCAAACUCACGGUAUAUGGCAGAGUGCGAUUGGUUAUGAUCCUUAUGCACCAACUAGUAAAGAAGAGCCCAAGACUACUCAGGAGAAGACCGAAGAUCCAGAGAACUCUUACGCGAGUUUCCAGGGUCUUUUGGCUCUUGCGAGGAUUACUGGUUCGAAUAAUGAUGAGGCUCGUGGGUCUUGUAAGAAGUGUGGUCGUGUUGGGCACUUGACGUUUCAGUGUAGGAACUUUUUGAGUACCAAGGAGGAUAAGGAGAAAGAUCCUGCUGCGAUUGAAGCUGCUGUUUUGUCUGGGUUGGAGAAGAUUAGGAAGAGUGUUGGUAAAGGAGGUGAGGUGGAGGAGGAGAGUAGUGAAGAGGAAGAGGAGAGUGAGAGUUCUGAUUCUGAUGUUGAUUCUGAAAUGGAGAGGAUUAUAGCUGAGAGGUAUGGGAAGAAGAAGAAGAGUGGGAGUGGUGGUAGUAGUGUUAUGAAGACGAGUUCGGGGAGGAAGAAGAAGAAGAGGCGUGUUUCUGAUGAGUCUGAUUCUGAUUCGGAUUCUGGUGAUAGGAAGAGAAGGCGGAGGUCGAAGAAGAAGAGGAGAGGACAUAAGAGAAGGAGUGUGAGUGAGUCUGAGGAUGAGGAAGAAGGAAGGAGUAAGAGGAGAAAGGAGAGGAGGGGAAGGAAGAGAGAUGAGGAUGAUUCUGAUGAGUCUGAUGAUGAAGAUGACAGACGUGUGAAGAGGAAGAGUAGGAAGGAGAAGAGGAGAAGGAGAAGCCGUCGUAAUCAUUCUGAUGAUUCUGGUUCGGAGUCCUCUGAGGAUGAUAGAAGGCAGAAGCGUAGGAACAAAGUCGCAGCUUCUUCUGACUCUGAGGCCAUUGUUUCGGGCGAUGACGAUUCACGCGUUGGAAGAGGCUCGUCUAAGAGGUAUGAGAAGAAGAGCAGGAGACGCCAUCACAGGAAAGAGUGAAAAGUAAGAUUGAUCUUCAUGAACCGUUUUCUUCACUCUCCAUUGCCCUCUAUCAAUCUUACUAUCUUAUGUAUAAUAAUGAACAUGUCUUGUAUGGGAUUUGAUUUGUGUUGAAUUUGCAAUGCACUCUUGUUUGGUCUUUGUUUGUUUCAAGCAUGUGAGAGAUACUACUGGUGUUGUGAUUGUUGUAAUUCUACUCUAUUGCUUCAAAGACUGAUCUUAGAAUUGA